AUGCUCUACAUCAUCCAUAGAGCGACCGGAGCAGCACAAAUACAGCAGGAUAAUCCAGACGGAAAACUCAAUGCAUUAGCUGCGGCCGAAGAUGACGAUGAGGUUGGAGAAGCCCCCGCUAUGCUGACAGUAACUGAAGGAGCCGAAGUUGUGACCGAAUUAGUUAUCGGUGUGGACAUCUGA